AUGGCGUCUCUGGCUGACCUGUGCACGACGGGCCAUGUUCAGUCUGCGUUACUCACUAGCCUGGACAGCAUCGACGCCGCGUCGGUGCAGACGUCGAUGAACAUGACCGUGUCCGUUGGCUCUGAGUGGGUUCCGGACAGCACCACCCACUACUGCAACGUGAUAUUUGCCUACUCGCACAAGGGCGUCGCCGACGACGUCGUCCACAUCUCGUCCUGGGUGCCCGCGCCCGACACGUUCCAGUACCGCUAA